AUGAGCUCAUUCAUCCACAUCCUAAAGUGUAACCGUUCACCUGAAAUCAGGUCAUUCACAGGAGGAAAGAACGAGGAAUCUCUCACGCGUCCCUCCCGAUGCAGGGAAAUUCGACUGUGUGAGUUGCACAGUGGAGCGCGGAAAGCGGGAAUCCGGUUUGCCUGCCUUCUCGGUAUGGCGGAUGGAUGCUUCCUUGCAUGGGUUCAACUCGUCGCAACGGACAAUCCUGCUCGUAUUUGGAAAACGUGGAUGCCGCGAAGUGUAUUAGAACUCACCUCGUUGCCGUUGCUCUCUUUUCGCUUCUCGACCCGACCGCGUUCCCGACUCGGGUUGGUGUUGUUGCGCUUGUUAUCUUGUGCGCGCUGCCCUCGGGUAUCGUCGGUUGUCGGUAGCGUGCUCUUGCAUAGGGAUUCAGAAUCUGGAGUCGCAACCAUGGUUACGACUAUCAUUCACAAUACCACGGAUGAUGAAUUUUCUGUCAAUGGAGGCAACGCUGGAAUUUACCGGCACAUCACGAAUCUUGCGGCAGGGAUGGAAUGCGAAGUAGACCAUAAACCCAGUGCCACAUACCGGGAUUACGUUUUAGUCAUAGUCGAGGACGGACUGAAGUUGUUUAUCAGUCCGGAGCAUAUUCUGCAAUUCGAUAAGAUCUCCGUUAUGAAGAAGAAUGAAGGUGGCUACGAAAUUAAAGGACGUGAUAGACCUCCUCGUGGUCUUUUGAAUACUAUCAAAGGCUUGUUUCGUUUCUGAUUGUGUGCCCACAAUCUUUCACAUUCUAAGAUCCAUUUUGUGAUGAGUGGGUCUAGGAUGUGUUAAAAAUGUGGGUUUUCGGCCCAAACUGCCAUUGUUGCGGUACGUUGAUAAUCCUCACCACGGUCCGAGUCUCUUCAGUUUGUUGCCAAAGGGCUUUGCUGGUAAUAAAACAGCUUCCUGCAACUGUAGUCUUCAGGGAAGGCAGUUGAGGCCCUACUUGAAUCGCUGUACAUAGUUCUCACUAGUAGUUACAAUUAAGUUCUCAUUCUCCCUUGGUAUUUUGUGCUCACACUUUUAUAAAUGAGUAUAGAAGAAGUCUAGAUACCUGAAAUACAUGUGAUAUGUAAACCAAAAACUUUCAAAGCUCGAUAAGAGAUAUUGUAUAGAGCUGUCAAGCAGAAACAACUUUGUAGUGUUGGAAUGUUGUACUAGAAUUGUAUGGAGAUUUUUUUUUAAAAAACAAUCAAUAGUUCUUGUUUCAA